AUGUAUGGUGGGGUGUAUGGAGAAGGGGGUGGUGACUUCGACGCCCCUAUGGGACAACAUCAACAACAACCACCUGCCCAGCGGCUACAUCCAGAUGCAGCACCCUUACCAGCUCCUCCAGGCACUACAUUGGACAACACGACGGCUGUGAUCAGCCACUCGUUAGCAGUAGUUCGGGGAGAAUCUGGAAUACAGCCGGCAGAAGAGCAUAUGGAUUUAUCGGAACAGGAUUCCUCCAGCUUCUCCGCUACGAGAAACAAGCGACAAAGAGUCCAGAAACUGCGUAUCUCACUGCGGGACGCUGAAGGCCGCGGAGCGGACGCGGCGACACGUGGAGAGGCGCAGGCCGCGGAAGUGCGGCAGAUGCGGAGCGCCGCCGCGGUGGAUGCGUCGCGGCAGGCCCGGCGCGGUCGGCCGGGCGGCGCCGGCGCUGACGUCAGCGCGACGGCAGCCAACGCGGGUUCAAGGCCUCGGCCGGUCGCCGCGGCCGGCGAGAGCCCGAGCGGGGCGCGCCGCCGCUGCUAUCCACGGACGCCAGAGCGGUGGUGCCGGGGUGGUGGCGGCGGCGGCGGCGGCGGCGGCGGCGGCGGCAGCAGUGGUGACUUCCCGCGCAGCGAGUAG